AUGCACCCAACAGCAGAUGACGUCUGUUUCCCUGUGUUUGUCACUCACUGCUUUAACGACUGUUGUGUUGGCUGCCCUGACAAGCAGCAGAGCCUCACCCUCCAGGGCCAGACGAGCGUGACAGCGCAGGUGGUGCGUGACAUGGCGCAGCUGGUGCUGCACGCCGCAGGCAGCAUCUCCUCCCUCACUCUUCGGUUCCAAGGCGGCGACGUCAUCGCCUCCAGCUACGAGCAGCCUCAAGACGGCCGGGACUUCUUGGUGGCAGAGGACAGCCUUUUGGUGCUGGACAUCGUCUUCAGUGCCAACAUCGGCGACAGGGAGUCCGGCUUCUCUCGCUAUGACUAUCAGGGGCGAGACGGGCAAGCGGCCGUAUAUGCGACGCAGUUCAUGCCGAACUACACGCGGCGAGCACUGCCGUGCUACGACGAACCAGCAUUGAAGGAGCGCUAUCAACUCAACAUGCGACUGCGGCCCAAGACGUACCAGGUUACGAGUCCAAUGCACGGGCCAGUUACGAUGAUGAGUAAGCAAAAAUUGGACGCUGAGGGUUUCCGUGGCUACUACUUCGAACAGACGCCCCCGAUCAGCGCCUACCAGCUGUCCUGGGUAGUGCACGACAUGGUUGGUAGGGUGUCGUCUGGGGACGUCAGCUCUGUCGUCUGGCAAGUGACCUCCGGAAGCGACCAGAACGGUUUCGCGAGCUACAUGGGACCUCCUUCUGUGGAAGCUAUGGAGCAGCUGCUGGGCGUGCCCCUUACAUAUUAUGAUACCAACAAGAUGGAUCAUAUGGCUGUACCUGGAUAUAUAGAGGAAAGCAUGAGCGGCUUGGGUAUCAUCACAUACACGGAGAGCAGUGUGCUGGUGGACGACGACUGCACAUCGGAGGCGACCAAGAAGAGAGUGCUGGGCGUCAUCCAACGCGAGGCGGCCCACCAGUGGUUCGGGGGCCUGGUGCAGCCCUCGUGGCAGCUGCGAGAGGUGUUCGUGGUGAACGCUGUGCUGCAGGCCGCCAUGCCAGCAGACGUCGCCCCCGGUAGCUACCCACUCUCCAAGAGCCCCAACAUCUCUGCUCAGCAGGCCUUUGACGAGUACUCGUACGAGAAGGGUGCAUCGAUUGUCUGGAUGAUAGAGAAUAUAAUGGGAUCAGAACCAUUCUACAGAGCCCUCAACAAAUACCUCACACAGAACAUAUACAUGGACAUAUGGGAGGAUCUGCUCUUGGCAGCCUUCGACUCAGAGUCACCUGCAUCUUCCCUGCCAGAGGGCGGCUCCCUGUCCUCUGUGGUGCAGCCGUGGCUACAGCAGAUGCCCAUCAGCUACACGUCCCGCUCUGAGGCGAACUACUUGGCGAGCCCCCCACGGCUCUGGCUGCUGGACUCUGAGCUGGUGGUCCCAGCUGUGGCCCAGCCAGAUGACUGGCUACUUCUCAACAUGAAUGUGACUGGCUACUACCGGGUGAACUACGGCGAGCAGAACUGGGCGCUGCUGACAGCGCAGCUGCUGCAGAACCCCUUUCUGGUGCCGGCGGUAGUGCGCGCACAGCUGCUGGAUGACGCCGGCCUGGCAGGGGCGGGCCAGCUGCUGCCCGCUGACACAGCCCUCCAGCUCGCCUCCUACCUGCGUCUCGAGUACGGCUACAUCCCAUGGAGGGCUGUCCCUGGCGUCUUGCGGAACCUCGAGCUUCUGGUCGAUGAAGACGUGGCGGAGGACUUCAGGGAGUUUGUGCUGUCCAUGAUCCAGCACAUGGCGAUCCUGCUGCACUACCGAGAGCAACCUGGAGAGGACCACACGACUCGCAUUCUACGGGCCAUCAUUGUCAACAUCGCUUGCAACUAUGGUGAACCGUCGUGUCUCAGCUCCAUGUAUGAGCAGUUGCAACACUUCAUGGCUGCCCCCGGCAACUCGAGUAGCCAGGUGGGACCAGACUUGAAACGUGUCGUCUACUGCAACGGUGCCCAGCAAGGUGGGGAAAACGCGUACAGUUUCCUCAUGGAUCUGUACCAAACAACUGAUAUCGUCUCUGAGCUAAACGACAUCGUGCUGGGGGUCACCUGCUCACAGUUAGUGGAUGGGCUACGGCCAGAUGAGAAGCAGGCAGCCAGGAAGUUGCUGAGGCAGGCCACGCUGGAGAUGGGCGACGAGCAGAUGCUGGACAAGGUGCAGCAGGCAGCCGUCGCCCUGGAGGACGAGUCGCUGGUCGCAGCCGCACAGUGGAGCCGUGACGUCAUCGCCAAUGGAACAGCCGCACGCCGCGAUGCAGCUCGCUGGCUCAAGGGAAAACCAUGGCGCCUCUGA